AUGGAUCCAAUCAGCGCCGUCGGUUUAGCUCUCAGUGUAGCAUCCUUGGCUGGUCAAGUGUUUACAGGAUGCAUUCAAGGGAUUCAAUUCAUAAUCACAGCAAAGAAUGUCCCUGAAGAGUCAAAGUACUACAAUUUGAGAUUGCGGAUGGAACAGCAGAGAUUGUUUGCAUGGAGUGAGACUUCCGGUCUACUAGACCUUGAUAAUCUGAAUAGUCAGAAAAUUCGCGAGUCCAAUACAUUUGUCAUCCAUCGAACCACCAUCCUAGACCUUCUUGUUCAGAUCCAAUGCUUGUUCAAGGAGUUUGAGAAUGCUCAGAGAAAAAACAAGCAUCUUAAGGUUGUCCCUGACUUCGUGUCUGACGAAAACUCCAUCGACGAUCCGGCUAAAGAUGCUUCUAAUGCUCAUGUACCAUUGUCCGAUUCUAGAAGGAAAUUUAUAAUGAAAGCUAUGAAAUCGCUCAAGACAAAUGCCACGGAACAGAUUACCGAGGGGGCGCGGCGUCUCUGGUGGACGGCUUUCGACAAGGAAGCAUUUGAGAUGCUUCUUCAACGAUUUUCCACACUCAAUGAUAACAUGACAGAUAUCCUUGAUACCCGUUUGCAAACUGAGAUUCAUCGGACAACACAAGACACAAACCGGGGAGUACUGCAACUUCAUAAAGACCUUUCCUCUCUUCGCCAAUUAGUGAUGGCUUUGAAUAUCAAGAUGGAUGCUCGAACACACUACACCUCAUCAAUUCCCCACGAGUACGCGGAAGACAAUAGCUCGGGAUUGAAACUCUUAUCUCAGCUUGCUAAAUUCAAGGCGUUCAACGAGUCCAUUAACCCCACGUCGGAAAGUUCAACAUGGGAUGAGGCAAUAGGAGAGACCCUCUCAUUGGGAAGACCCAACGAUGAGAGAUUGGGUCUCGAGAUCGCCAAGUCAAGCAUCAAAUUUGUUGCUGAAGGAGCUUCAAUAGAUGCAAGUGCUAUUAGAUGCGAAGCUACAUAUCUCCACGACGGCAUUGAAGAGCCGGUGUGGAUUGAAUGGAAGGAGUAUGAUUACAGCCCUGGUGCUACCUCUCCGCCUUCCCUUAUAGUGGACCGGGUCCAGAAACUUGCUGCACUCCUCCAUCAUGAGCCGAAACCAGAAGCUUUCCGAGUCCCCCAUUGUCUCGGCUAUUUCGAUAAUCUCGUCCCCGAACCUAGUUCUUCACUCUCUAGCGACUCUGAGUCAGAAGAUGAACCUCUGGAGACACGCAUUGGACUCGUAUUCCGGAAACCACAUUCCAUCAACACCUCGCCUACCUCUCUUAUCCAAUUGUUCUCGAUUUGCCCCAAACCUCGCAUCACUGAUCGUAUAAAAUUAGCUCAUGCACUUUCGAAUUGUUUACUAUAUCUACAUUCAGUGAAUUGGCUUCAUAAAGGAUUUCGCUCGCACAAUAUAGUGUUCUUUCCAGUUGCACCAAGGAAUGGUACGCGUCAAAAUGUGAACUGGGACCAAGUAUAUUUAAGUGGUUUUGACUUCGCUCGACCAGCGAGAAAGGAUGAAACGACAGAAAUUCCAGGAGACGGCGAGGAGCAUAAUAUGUAUAGACAUCCCGGUACUCAAAACAUUGGAUUUGGCCCAAGAGAGAGUUACCGAAAAAGCUUCGAUAUAUAUAGUUUUGGAGUUGUACUAGUUGAAUUGUGUUUCUGGAGAUCAAUAACCGAUAUCAUGGCCGAGAUUGGAAAAAAGUCUCCCAGGGAACGGCCCUCGAAGAGAGCAAAGAAUGUGCGAGAAAUCCUUAUGGGCGAGGACAUGCUAUCGAAAAUUGGAGGAGAAAUGGGUGAAGUAGUAGAAGAAGUUGUGAGGAGAUGUAUCGUGGGCGGUAAAGAACUAGGAGUGGAAGGCGGGGAGGAUGAGAUGGGCGAUGAGAGAGUGGCCUCAAAAUUAGGAAUGAGGUUCUUCGAAAGCGUAGUCAAAAAGCUAGGCGAUGUCAAAGUCUGA